AUGACUGCUGAACAAAUUAAAGCGUUAAAAACUAAGCGCGGUAAUACCAAGCGAUCGUUAACGACAUAUGAAAACUUUCUAAAGAAAUUUGAUCCGUCGAAAGAUUUUCCAAUCCUUGAGAAGCGGUAUAAAGAAAUUGAGACGGUUCGGAAAUUAUUUGAAGAAUAUCAACUUGAAUUAGAGGCACUUCUUGAGGAGUCUGAAGAAUUAACCGCAUAUCGCACCGAAUUCGAAAAUCUAUAUUAUGAAACUUACGCAAUCGCGACGAACCUUCUUUCAGAACAACGCAAGCGAGACACUUCUUUGGUUUCGUCUCCAACAACCUCGAGUCCUUCUGCAACCUCCAGCUCGUCACUCUCGGUAUCUCAAGGCGUUGUAUCGUCAAUUGCAGCUCAGCUUGUUAAUACCGUUCCUAUCCCUUCUGUAACUAUCUCUCCUUCGAAUCAAUCGGCUGUGUUAUCAACUCCCACACCGGUUAAUAACAAUUUUACCGCACCUCAUGCAUUUAACCAUCCUAUGAGUAUGUUACCUGCUUUACCGACCAUCACUCUACCUACCUUUAGCGGGUCCUUUGACACUUGGUUGGGAUUUUAUGAUCUGUUUAACUCGUUGGUCAACGAGGAUCACAAUAUUCCACCUAUACGAAAAUUAAUCUACCUAAAGGGUUGCUUAACUGGCGAAGCGGCCAACGUAAUAUCUUGUCUUGAAACGUCAUCUCAAAACUACGAGGUAGCGUGGGGCUUACUAAAAGAACGGUACGAUGACAGAAGAUUUAUACGGGACAGUUACAUAAAAUCUUUGCUGGAUACUCCUCCAAUCUCAAAGGAGUCUUCUAUCCGAUCAUUUCUUGAUCACAUACAACGGCAUCUGCGUGUCUUAAAUCAGCUUGGUGAGCCCACCGAUUAUUGGGACUCAUUAUUGAUCGUGCUAUUCGUAAGCAAAUUUAACAAUUUUAUGCGGGAGCGAUGGGAGGAAUUCAGUUGUGGCGUAAGUAAACCCACAAUGAAGCAGAUGCUUACCUUUUUAACAAAGCGCGCUCAACUUGAAGGUUCUAGGGCUCAAGCACCUGCGCCUCCUCCAAAUAAUUCUAGGCAAGCACCGUCAAACGGACGAGCUCAAUCGCGUUCUCAGCAAUCGUUCGCAGCUUCUACCUCUCAAAAUCGCUGUCUCUAUUGUCAAGGUGGCGAUCAUUAUAUCUAUUCGUGUAAGGGCUUCGCAGCUUUAUCACCGUUUGCUCGCUAUGAAGCGGCAAAAGGGUCUAAUUUAUGCACUAAUUGUCUUCGUAAGGGUCAUCACUCUUCACAGUGCCCUUCAGGAAAGUGUCAAGCGUGUGGUUAUAGACAUCAUACUCUACUUCACUUCGAUAAAUCAAAACCUGAAAUGCCGCCUUUGAAUGCAUCUGCGACGGCCUUCGAUAUGCCUAAAUCGACUAUAAAUAUGCACGCUCAGGUCUCAUCUGAAGCGUUGCUAGCUACAGCUAUUGUGGACCUUGUAAAUAAGCAAGGAAAAAUCAGGCAAUGCCGAGUAUUCCUGGAUGCAGGAUCUCAGGCGCACUUUAUCACAGAAAAGGCUGCUAAGUUCUUAAAUCUGGAUAAAAAGGCGGUAAACAUCUCAAUCAGCCAGUCAAUGCCAUCCAUUGCCAUUAAUGUAACUCAGCUCGAAAUACCUAAAAAUAUAUCCCUCGCGGACCCAGAGUUCUAUAAGCCGUCUGAGGUCGAUGCUCUGAUCGGAGUGAAGCUCUUUUAUAAGCUCCUUAGUGUGGGACAAAUUUCCCUCAAAAAUCAUCCCGACGCUGUUCUGCAUAAAACGCUGCUUGGGUGGAUAGUUGCUGGGGAAAUAAACAGCAAUUUGAGCGUUUCCAACGUGUCGUGUCAUCUUAAUUUAAACUCACCAUCGUCUGAUAUCUCUUUAACCCGAUUUUGGGAGGUGGAAGAAAUUCCGUCUGUUGCAAUCUUAUCUUCGGAAGAAAAGGCUUGUGAAGAGCACUAUAAGCUUCAUACCACUCGGACUGUAGAGGGUCGGUAUGUAGUUCGCUUGCCGUUCAACAGCAAAAAGAGCAGACUAGGCGAUUCAUAUUCGUCAGCCUUAAAAAGAUUUUUUGCGCUAGAAAGGCGUUUCCAACGAGACCAUGCAAUCAAGCAUGAUUACCUCGAAUUUUUGCGGGAGUAUAAAGAGUUGGGUCACAUGUCGGUGUCCGAUGACUUAUGUGAAGAUCAUUUAGGGUUCUAUCUCCCUCAUCAUGCUGUCCUAAAGGACGACAGCAUCACCACCAAGAUCCGUGUAGUCUUUGACGGUUCUGCGAAAACAUCUACGGGAAUUUCCUUGAAUGACACUUUAAUGGUUGGUCCACAACUUCAGGAUAGUUUAUUUACAAUACUCACUCGUUGGCGAUCUCACCCUUACGUGCUCACUGCCGACGUAGAGAAGAUGUACAGGCAAAUCCUCGUACACCCCGAGGAUGCAAUCUACCAAAAAAUUCUGUAUCGCGAAACCUCUCAAGAGCCCAUUAAGACCUGUUUGCUGAGCACAGUCACCUAUGGCACUGCUUGUGCGUCUCACUUAUCAGUGCGCACCCUUCAUCAACUUGCUUACGAUGAAGGUCCUGCAUACCCUCUGGCUGUCAUCGCUCUGCUGAGGGACUUCUACGUCGACGAUUUGUUUACCGGCGCUAAAACUCUCGCAGAAGCAGAGUGCAUACGUGACGAAUUAAUUAAUUUAUUGAAAAGGGGCAAAUUCCGUCUUCGCAAAUGGGCCUCCAACGAGCCUGCCCUUAUCCAAAAUUUACCUCAGGCCUCAGAGGGAACCCACAUGUCCCUGGAUCCUGACGCUACCAUCAAAACUCUCGGUAUACGGUGGAGUCCUCGGGACGACACACUCUUCUACACUAUUAGCGCGCCUGCUUCCGAGGCCACUACCAAGCGUGCAAUUUUAUCACAAAUUGCGAAACUAUUUGAUCCACUAGGCCUCCUUGGCCCUAUAAUUGUCUAUGCUAAGAUAAUAAUGCAGCUUUUGUGGAAGGCUGGACUGGCCUGGGAUGAAUCAAUCCCGAUCUCAAUUCACUCACUAUGGGCCCAAUUUCGGGCCCAGUUGUCUAUGAUUGAAGAGCUGCGUUUCAAGCGCAGCGUUGCUUUCUCGGGAGCAGUCGAUGUCCAAUUGCAUGGAUUUUGUGACGCAAGCGAGCGAGCAUACGGAGCAUGUAUCUACAUCCGCUCUAUCGAUGAGGCUGGGCAUGUUCGUACUCAUCUGGUUUGUUCAAAAUCACGAGUUGCCCCAGUGUCAUUACUAUCAUUACCUCGAUUAGAGCUCUGCGCUGCGUUAUUGCUUUCCAGACUCUAUGACGUAGCUAUUAAAACCCUAUUGUUGGAUAUUAAGGACGUUUACUUAUGGUCUGACUCGACUAUCACACUUCAUUGGAUAAAUACCCCUCCUCAUCUACUAAAAACCUUCGUUGCCAAUCGAGUGGCGGAGAUUCAGAGGCUUUCUCAUCGUUGCCAUUGGCGCCACGUGUCUUCUCAAGACAAUCCCGCGGACUCUAUUUCGCGUGGCCAAACUCCGGCUGAGUUCGUGGCCAACAGCAUCUGGCAGACUGGCCCAAGUUGGCUGCAGUGCGAGCCUAGCACUUGGCCCAAGGGAGCUCUCCCUUCAAUCGACAUUCCAGAAAUGAAGCCUAUAAUUCCCGAUCGCGUGCUUUGUAUGAAAAUAGAGUGCGGACUCAAUGAUCUGCUCGAAAAAUACCACUCUAGCCAUAAAUUAAAACGGGUAGUGGCUUACGUAAUGCGUUUUGUUUACAACGCUCGCCAUAAAAAUCAUCGCAGAUUUGAUCGAUUAAGUUUACAGGAGCUACAACAAGCUCAUGAUCUCAUAAUAAGGAUUACUCAGCACUCCGCCUUUCUGAAAGAAAUAAAGCAACUAAAAAACAAUGAAGUUAUCUCCGACAAUAGUAAAUUAAUUCCGUUAAAUCCCUAUCUUGACGAGCAAGAUCUCCUAAGAGUAGGAGGAAGGCUGGCUCGUUCCUCGCUAACUAAGGAGCAGCAACACCCCCUGCUCUUACCAGCUCGUCAUUAUAUAACGCGUCUUAUCAUAACCGAAGAGCACGUGCGGCUGAAGCAUGCUGGCACUCAAGCCACCCUAUACUCGGUGCGUCAAACGUAUUGGCCCUUAGACGGUCGCAACAUUACGCGAAAAAUUAUCUAUCGUUGCAUUACCUGCUUUCGAGCGAAACCGCGUGCCGCUGAUCACGUCAUGGGAAUCCUGCCUGAACCCCGUGUCACCCCUUCCCGUCCUUUCCUCCGUGUUGGAGUCGACUACUGCGGUCCUUUAUACAUAAAGGAAAAACGCUUUCGCAAUCGUAGCCGAUUGAAGGUUUAUGUCGCAAUUUACGUAUGCAUGUCAACCAAAGCAGUUCACUUAGAACUAGUAAGUGAUCUCACCACCGAGGCCUUUAUUGGCAGCCUCCGAAGAUUGUUUUCAAGGCGUGGAAAAUCUCUCGAGAUAUACUCGGAUAACGCCACGAAUUUCGUCGGGGCAAACCGUGAGCUUAAUGAACUGCAAACAUUGUUUAAUUCGGAGGAGCAUAAGAACUCCGUCCUAAGUUUUCUUACGUCCGAAAGGAUAACUUGGCAUUUUAUUCCCCCUCGUGCCCCCCACUUCGGUGGGCUCUGGGAGGCCGCCGUAAAAUCUUUUAAGCAUCAUCUGAUUCGUACAGUUGGUGAUACGCUGUUAACAUUUGAACAGCUCGAGACGUGCGUUAUAGAAAUAGAAGCAAUUUUAAAUUCCCGCCCUAUUUCUCCUAUGUCCUCUGAUCCAAAUGACCUGCUCUCCCUUACCGCUGGUCAUUUCCUAGUUGGUGGUCCUCUGACAAGCUUUCCUCAGGACGACCUCACCGACACACCAUCUAAUCGCCUAUCAGCUUGGCAACAUGCUCAGCAGCUGAAGCAACAUUUUUGGAAGCGCUGGCACAAGGAAUACCUACACCAACUCAUAACCCUGAGCGGGCACCUCGACAAAUCGAACGUUCUACAGGUUGGUUCACUGGUGCUUAUUGUAGAAGAAAAUCUUCCUCCACUUCAAUGGGCGCUAGGGCGCAUUACCACAGUACAUCCCGGAGCAGACGGCAUCAUCAGGGUGGUUACCGUGAAGACUUCCACCGGCGAAUACAAACGCUGCACCAAACGCGUGUGCCCAUUGCCCCUUGACUAG